AUGGACAGCAGCAGGAGGAACAGCAGCAGCCGCAGUAGUAGUAGUAGUAGUAGUAGUAGUACGAGCGGCAGCAGCAGCAGCACCAGCAGCAGCAGCAGCAACAGCAGAAGCAGCAGCAGCAGCGGCAGCAGCGCCGGCAGCAGCAGCAGCAACGCCGGCAGCAGCAGCAGCGGUAGCACGGGUUAUCUGCGGUGUAUACACCCCAUAGUGACUGAGACACAACAGCUGUUUGCUCACCAAAUGCAGCAGCAACAGCAGCAGCAUCAGCAGCAGCGGCGGCAGCAGCAGAUCCGCCUCUAUGAAUUCUUCCCCAGUUACUACCGUCGAAUUAGCAGCAGCAGCAGCAGCAGCAGGCCCCAGCAGCAGCAGCAGCAGCUCCAACUGCAGCAGCAAUUGCUGCAGCAGCAGCAGCAGCAGCAGCAAAAUGAGGAAGCAACCACAAUCACACCUACAGGCUUGCGAAGAAGCCGUCGGCUGCAGCAGCUUGAGGCUCUUAGGGAGCAGCAGCAACGGCAGCAGCAGCUAGAGCAGCAGAAGCAGCAAUCGCAGCAGCAGCAACUACGCAAGCAGCAGCAGCAACUGCAGCAGCAGCAGCUGCUGCAGCAGCAGGUGCUGCCACCAGUGGGGCCGCAGCGUUGCUUUGCUGCGGAGCAAAUCUCUGAUAUGAAUUCUGCGGUGUCUGUACACCUUACUCGCCAGCAGCAGCAGCUGCAGCAACAGCAGCAGCAGUUGCAGCAGCAGCAGCAGCAGCAAAACCCUUACUUAAUCAAUCUUAGACAAGAGGGAGGUACAGGGUUAUACCCAACGUAUGCUUCCCAUAGCUCUACUGCUGCUGCUGCUGCUGCAGCUGCUGUUGCUGCUGCUGCUGCUGCUGCUACGCCUCCACUGUCGCAGUGUAGAAGGAGAUCGCGACUUAGUUCUACAGUAGUAGCCAAGGCCCCGUCAGCAGCAGCAGCAGCAGCAACAGCAACAGCAGCAGCAACAAGGGCAGCAGCAGCAGCAGCAGCAGCAGCAGCAAACGAAAAGGACAGCAGCAUAUCCCGCAGCUUGUCUAUGAGGACAGCAGCACAAGGACUCGGUUCCCCCCUUGCUGCUGCUGUUGCUGCUGCAGCAGAAGAAGCAACGCCAGCGCUGCGGAGGCGUGGAUCUCCAGCAACAGCAGCAGCAGCAACAGCAGCAACAGCAGCAGCAGCAGCAAGACAGGCAGCAGCAGCAGCUCGCCUGUCUAAUCUGCUGCAGCACGAAGCAGCAACACCUCUUGCUGCUACGGAUAGCGCCUUUAGUACCCCCGUCAUACGCCGCAACUACUGCAGCAGCAGCAGCAGCAGCAACAGCAGCAGCAGCAGCAGCAGCAGCAUUAGCAUCAGCAGCAGGAGGAAGAGAAGCAGCAGCAGCAGCCUCAGGACGAGGUGUAGCCAAGACGAGUCUUUAUACCACCAAGGCUCUAGUAUAAAUACAGCAGCAGCAGCAGCAGCAGCAGAUAACAACAACAGCAGCAGCAGCAGCAGCAGCCGUAUAGUUAGCAGCAGCCGUCUUACUUUCUCUGAUUCAACGAACUGCAGCAGCAGCUCAGCCACCUAUAUCGAACCCAGCAGCAGCAGCAGCAACAGCAGCAGCAGCAGCAGCAGCAGCAAGAGCAGCAGCAAGGGCAACAGAAGCGAUAGCAACAGCAGGCUCAGCACCUGCAGCAUCCGCAGCAGCAGCAUCAGCAGCAACACCAACAGCAUCAGUGGCAGCAACAGCAGCAGCAGCAGCAACAGCAGCAGCAGCAGCAUUCCUCCGCAGCACGCAGCAGCAGAACAUAUAUUGUGUACACGCAGUACUAGAAAAGAAUUAGCAGCAGCAGCAGCAGCAGCAACAGAAGCAGCAACAGACCCCACAGAAGCAGCAGCAGCUGGUGGUCCUUCGAAGCUCUACUGUAGCAGCAGCAGCAAGAGCAGCAGCAGCAGCAACAGCAGCAGCAGCAGCAGCAGCAGCAGCAUAGUGCCAGCAGCAUCCGAUAGAGAAUUGAUAUCUUUGCUGCAGCAGCAAAACCUUAUACUGCAGCAGCACAUGCAGCAGCAGAGGAAGGAGAGGCAAUGGUUGCUGCUGCUGCUGCUGUGUGCUUUAGGGUUGCUGCUGCUGCUGGGGAUCUUUACCUUCUCCGGAGGAGGUGGGGAGAAGCAGCGGAGGUAUGAAGAGUUGCUGCUGCAGUCUCGUGCUGCUGCUGCUGCAGCAGCAGCAGCAGGAGGAGCAAACCCUACAUACCCAGAGGACUACUUCCCCUGGCCUCAACAGCAGCAGCAGCAGCAGAAGCAGCAGCAGCAGGGGAUGGAAGAAGAGGAGCUUAGCUCCCUCUACAGAGGAGGGGGAGACCCUUACUCUCUGCAGCCGCCGCAGCAGCACGAGCAGCAACUGCAGCAGCAACAGCAACACCCCGCCCAUCAGCAGCAGCCGCAACAGCAGCAGCAGGAACAGCAGCAACAACAACAACAACAACAGCAGCAGCAGCAGCAGGAUAAGAGACGAAUUAAGUUCUGUUGCAGUAGGAGUAACUUAUAA